CAAUAUCCUGUUGAAGCAGUCAAACUAUUUCCACCAUGAUUCUCUCUUUAUAUCCCGAGCCCGCGAGCAUGAGUACGCUUGUGGAGCCCUGUCCGCAUCUGACAUAUCUCCACCACUGUCUUAACCUGGCCAAGCUGUCACCGCCGCGCCCCGCCCUCUUCCGGGCCGGAGCAGUUCUGGUUUCGCGAAAACUCGUCCGGGGAACCGACAACGAGCUGUACAACGACGACCGACUUCUUUCGUCAGGUCAUACGAUGGAGCUGGUGAAGAGACCCCAUGCGGAGCAAGCCUGUCUUUCCAACUACGCUGCCGUCCACGGAGUGCCAGACAAUGAAGUCGGGGACGUCCUACCCUCCGAGCCGGAUCGGUCCUUGAUCAUGUACAUGAGUUUUGAGCCUUGCGUGGAGCACGAGGGAAGUGACAUGUCCUGCGUGCGGAAAAUCAUUGAAACGAGAAAGGGGGGUCGAAAAGGCAUUGAGAAGGUUUAUUUCGGCUCGCUGUCGCCGUGCUCGAAAAGCAAUAAGUCAUCGGCACGUCAGAUGCUCGGAGAGGCUGGCAUUGAGUGGCAACUGGUCGAGGGGCUGGAACAAGAGAUACUUUCGGUUGCAAGGGAAGGGUGUGUGAAUCAAGGAAAGUUUUGAAAGUUUUGAGGUUGCGGUCUCUUGUUACUCAGCCGUACAUUGGAGAUGACUCUAGAGAUAUGCCUCUUUGUUUGUAUUGUUUGUGUGAUAGAUGUAUCCAGUUAGUCGGUCACAUGAUAUAUUAGUCAGUCGGCUGUCUGGAUAAGUUCUAUCCCGGACCCACGAACGGGUUCUUCAAU